AUGCCGUCUCGAAGAAGAACCCUCCUGAAGGUCAUCAUCCUCGGCGACAGUGGAUAUGUAAAUAAGAAGUUCAGCAAUCAAUACAAAGCGACGAUUGGAGCUGAUUUUUUGACAAAGGAAGUUCAGUUUGAAGACAGGCUCUUCACCUUGCAGGUUUCAGAGAAAAAGGCUCGAGCUUGGUGUGCAUCAAAAGGAAAUAUUCCGUACUAUGAAACCUCUGCCAAGGAAGGCAUUAAUGUGGAAGAAGCUUUCCAGUGCAUAGCAAAGGAUGCUCUGAAGAGUGGGGAGGAAGAGGAGAUAUACUUGCCGGAUACCAUUGACGUUGGAAGCAGCAAUCAGCCAAGAUCAACUGGAUGCGAGUGUUAA